AUGCCAGCUAAAGGAGCUUAUGUUUUACUUCUUAUGACUGGUUUAUGGAUGACUGAAGUUAUACCGAUUUACGUUACUGCACUAAUCCCGUUGGUGUUUGGACCACUACUUGGAUUAGCUCCAGCGUCAACUAUUUCUCCAUCCUAUACAAAAGAUACAAACAUACUAUUUUUUGGUGGUUUAAUGAUGGCAUGCGCAAUAGAAAAUAACUACGUUCACAAGAGAAUCGCGAUUUCUAUUUUAAAACUUGUCGGAAGUGAUCUUAAAAUGCUUAUGCUUGGCUUUAUGUUGCCCAGUUGGUUUCUCUCUAUGUGGAUGAGCAAUACUGCUACUACAGCUAUGAUGAUAACAAUUGUAGAUCCUUUGUUAAAUGAUUUAAUGAAAGUUGAUGAGGAAGAUAACAAAGAACGUAAAAACAGUAAUGAACUAACUAUGGAUUCAGGUAAACCUGAUCAGAUAGAUGAAGAAGAUACUCAGUUAGCGGACGCCAACUUUGUACAAUUUCAUCAUCUUGAUCUUACUCCGGAAGUUUCAAAUAAUCAGCCGAAAUUAAGACUGAUGAGUGUUGGUUUUAGUCUCAGUAUUGCUUAUGCAUCUUCAGUUGGUGGAGUAGCAACACUGAUAGGUACCCCACCCAAUUCCAUUCUUCAAGGAACAAUAUUAAAUCGUUACGGUGAUUCAACUGGUCUGAAUUUCGGUACCUGGAUGGCUUACGCACUUCCCCUUUCAGCUUUCAUGUUCUUGUUCACCUGGAUUUGGCUUAUCAUUUUGUUUAUUGGCCCAAGAAGUUUGUAUAGUUUUAAGCAGUCGAAAAGAAGGAAGGAACAUUUAGCUCGUGUAUUAGAAGCAGAACAACAGAAACUUGGACCGAUCAAAUAUUGUGAAGUACUGUCUGCACUUCUUUUCGUAUUGCUUGCAAUACUUUGGAUGACGCGAAAAAUUGGGUCAUCAGGAUGGGGAAAGUUAUUUGCUGACCCUAAUGAUCCUAAAAUAUCAAAAUACAUAACAGACAGCACUCCAGCUAUCCUAAUGGCUAUCAUGGCAAUGAUUUUACCAGCAUCGAAUCCAGUUAAACUAUGGAAGCAUUGGAAAUAUUGUUACAAAACAAAAACUGAGCCAGACCCAGAAAUAACCCGGGUUCUUCUACCUUGGAAAGUAGCAUUGGAGAAAUUCCCUUGGGGAGUAAUUUUGGUGGUUGGAGGGGGAUUCGCACUGGCAACUGUAGUAGAGGCUUCUGGUUUGACGCAUCUGAUUGGAGACCAUCUCGGUGUACAUUUAGAGUACAUCCCAAUAACGAUGUUGAACAUAGUCUGUACACUUACAGCGGCAACAAUGACUGAGUUCGCAUCUAAUUCAGCGACAGCUUCAAUUAUUUUACCCAUUAUUUAUAGCUUAUGCGAGGGACUUCGAAUUCAUCCAUUUUCCAUAGCAUUCCCAGUAACUAUUGCAACAUCAUUUUCAUUCGCACUUCCUGCCGCUACACCCCCGAACACUAUUGUUUUUGCCAAAGGAAGAAUUCGGGUCAAACACAUGUUAUUGGCUGGGAUCCCAAUGAAUAUAGUCGGCUGUUUAGCUGCAGUCGCAGCUGUAUCAAGUUACGCGGUACCAUUAUUUGGAUUGAGCACUGUGCCUUCCUGGGUAAAUUCUGUAACCAAUACAACAAAACCGUAA